GAGGGAGAGACACCGAGGUGUGAGAGGCAGGUGGAGCUGCAACAGUUUGCCACAUCUCCCUCCCUUGCAUGCCGAUCGCCUCCAAGCUCCUCUACUUCCAGCGCCGCCCCUCGCCGGCGCCCCCGGAGCCCCCCGACCCGCGCCGCCGGCCCUGCCGCGGGGCGAGCGCCUCCGCUCCCCGCCGCCAGCGCAGCUCGGCCGUCUCUCACCACCACCACCAUCAUCACAAGCCGGUUCAGGACCUUGUUCCAGCAAACCAAAGAGAUGGUGCUAAGCUUAUGGGAUGUGCUGGAAACAAACUAGAACAUAUAGGGGUCGCAUGCUCCAGCUCAAGGCUAAACCGCAGUGUGUCGGAUCAUGGACGGCUCCCUGAUGCUGUUCAACAGGCUAGGGAAAGGCUUCUUCAGAGGCUUAAUAGUGUGGACUUGUCAGGAAGGAGGGAAAACACUUCGUGCUCCGAAACCAUUUGGGCUGGAGUAGUAACUCAUCCUGCUGACAUUGGUGUCUCCAACUUGUCCGAUAGCGAACUUGGUAGCCUAACCAGUUACUUCCAAUCCAGUGUAUCCAUCACCACCUACAACGAAGUUCAAGAAACAUUCCCUGAGCCUUUCAGCACCGUGGAUAAGUGUAUGCCUGUCACCCCGUGCACCGAACCGAUCCCUGUGCUACAAGAAACGGCUUGCGAAGACGUGGAAGAAGGCGAAAACACCGGGCCUUCACUGGAGUGCUCGAUAUGCUUGGAGAGGUGCGGCGAGGCAGACGGGCUUAUGCAGCUGCGCUGCAAGCAUGUCUUCCACUCGGCGUGCCUGGAGCGGUGGCUUCGAUCCCACGGCGACUGCCCCUGCUGCAGGGGCAGUGUGCUCCUGACGUCGGAUGAAUGAGAAAACAGAGGAUGACACCUAAAAUGUGUUGCAGCUUAACCUGUUCUACCAAGGACCUUUGAGUUUGUUAUAAUUAACUAGUCGAAUGCCCGUGCGUUGCCACGGGAGAUAUCAAAAAAUAAUGAUGUAACCAAUCAAAUCAUUGCACUAUUCAAUGUUUGAUGUGCUUACUUUGGAGUAUAAGAUAAUCUGAUCGGUUUGGUUAUAGCAAA